CAUCAGAUCUUGACUAAUGUAUCAAAGGUGGUUUUCGAGCAUAUCUCUGUUUUGUACAUAAACUCUAAGAGAAACAUGUGAUUGCUGAAGUUUGUUGGGGGAUUAUAUGAUUAGAUGAUUUGGUUAGCAGUUUUUGAUUUGUCAUUGCAAAGCUCGAUGAGAUUUUCUAAGGAGACAUUUCCAGUCUCUUGAAACGAUCUUAGCGGUUGAUUUGCUUCUGAGUUCUUCUUCUUUGUCUUGUUUAUCAAGCAAUUCAUCUUAUGAUCAACAACAUGAGUAAAAUAAUUAAAAACAACUUAACUCGAGAUGACUUUUUUCAGAGAAAAGACGAGGAUGGUUCAAAGGGAAAGUGAUGUCGGAACACAAGUUGAGUCAAAAGGAACAAUAAUUGAAAUAUAAAAUAUAGAUAUUCCGUGAACUGUUUAUUAUUUCCCACAACACUUUCCCUUUGUCCUUUGAAUUACAAUCUCAUCAUGAAAAAGGAAACUGUAAGAUCGUCUCUCUCACUCACAAGGGCGAUGGAAUUCUGGAGGGGCAAGGCGAGAAAGUUGUUUUUAAAAAAUGGAAGUAUGUUUCUUGAGCAACUUAUAGCCGACUGUAACGGCAUGUCAAACCCUAUCAGAAUGUUCUCUUCCUAUCAAAUCUCCAAAGCCAUCAAUAACUUCGAUCCCAAGUAUUCUCUCCCUGAUAUUCCAUCACCCUUACGCUGGUACAAGGAAGUCAUCGAAGGCAGAUCUUACGUGAUCAAGAGAUUAACAAGGCAAGUGGGUGAAGAGAGUGCUUACAACGAUAUUGUGUUAUCUGCUCGGGUAAGUAACCACAUUGGUUUCCUCAAACUCAUGGGAUGCUGUCUCGAAUUUCUUCAUCCGGUGUUGGUAUUUGAAGACCUAGAAUAUAGAUCUUUGAACACUCGAGGAAGUGUUGGUAGCUUGGAGACGCCGGUGUUGCCGUGGAAUGUACGUUUGAAGAUUGCCAAAGAGGUUGCGGUUGCUAUAACUUAUCUUCACACUGCUUUCCCUAGAAUCAUUGUCCACAGAGAUAUUAAGGCAACUAAUGUUUUGUUGGAAAAGAAUGGGAGGGCUAAGCUCACUGGUUUCUCGCUUGCCGUUACACUCCCUGAGGGUAAGACGUGGAUUCAAGAUAGAUUGGCUGGAACUUUCGGAUACAUAGAUCCUAUUUAUCACUUGACGAAAAUAGUGUCAGAAUACACAGAUGUGUACAGUUUUGGAAUCUUUAUGCUGGUUCUUCUGAUGGGACGACCACAACUUCUAUCAGAUGGGCACUCAGUUUUUGGUACUAGUAUUCUUAAACAUGUGAAGGAUCUGCUGGAGAGAGGAGAACCUGUUGAGUUCGGGGGUGGUUCGAACGACAUGAGGCCUGGUCAGAUGAGAAUGUGUCUCGACCUGGCACUUGGAUGCUGUGAGGAGAGGAAUGAAGACAGGCCGAAGAUGAUCUUGGUGGCAAAAGAGAUUAAGCUAAUAGAACAAGCAUCAAUUUGAGAUUAUGCUCAUACCUAGUAAGUUUGUGUAUAUGUGUAUUGCUGGAUUUCUUGUAGUAUAUGAUUUUCUAGUAAGACUUCAUUUCAAUUAAGAAAGAGUUUUGAGGAUACAUAAACUAGUAGCAAUGUUCUGUUUCUGAUGCAUUUCCUGCAAGUCAGACAGUUCAUAUACAUAAACUAGGUUCCGAAACAAAAAUAGCAGUUUCACAGCCAAAAAAACAGAGGAUCUUUAGAAACAAUUAUAUGUGCUUCUAAGCCUGAACAUAGGAUAUCUAAAUGAUGUCAGGUACAAAUUUAUACAUGAAUUGUCUCAGAGAAACCGGAAAAUGAACAAGAGAUUAA